CGGUAGAGCUGGCGAUCAAUGACUUCCUUGAUGUCUUCACUCAUACCGGUACACUACUCUUUUCUGAUCAACAUCGUGUCAAAAAAGCUUGUUUAAACCGAACAUAUUGCAUCGAAUUCUUUUCAUUACUGUCGUAAGGUAAUUAUGCGUACUACGUUCCGUUUCUGUAAUUUCUUAUCGUUCUGAUUACGGGUUCGGGUACGUCAUCGUCGCACUCGUGCAUACGCUGAGACACACAUAGCGAAAGGAUACCAAUARCAUAUGACUAUCUACCAUCUCAUCCCCGCUACGUCCCCGAACUCACACUGAACUUUGUACCAAAGAUCUAGUCAUCAUCAUUGUAGUACAUGGAAUUUAUAUUUUUAUCGGAUUUAGUAGAGCACAGCUGCAUCGUAGGCAAUGGCAAUGUUUGGAUCACUGAUCACCGUGGAAGGUGGGAAAGGUUUGGCUAAUUUCUUCCGAAUGACGUCGACAAGAUUCCAAACACUCCCCAUGCAUGUUCAUACCUACCGUUACCCACCACCAAACUUAGUAUUCUUCAUGACUGUUCGACGAGAUAUCUUCUCGACGACAGCCAGUCAAAAGACAGAAAUAAGGAGCUGCUAUAAAAGUAACCGGUCGCCAUCUCCGUUUCGACAUGAUCGAGAGCGAGGAAAUGGGGACAACGGAAUCGAAAACAAUGCAAAAUGUUCUAGCUGCAACAGCUUCUACGGAGGCAGUGGCGACGACAACGACAGGGGAAGUAAUUCUGUCGUCCGGCCGUAUAGCGGCUCGUUGCCGUCGCCUGGACACGAAUGGUGCAAGCGGUGCAACAUCCCAGACAAGCGGUUUCAAAUGAAAAUAGGAUCAACCAACAAAUGCCUAGAUCGGCCGAGGAUCUUUGGUUUGGGGAUCUGCCACGAAGCAAAGCAAUAUUAUCGCCAGCAAUUGUACGUUCUCGCUUUUGUGGGAACCUUUUGUUUCUGCGGAAUAUUUACGGUUUGAGAACGAAUGAAUGAUUGGGUGGACGGGUGGACGAAUCAAACAGCGGAAGACGUCAUCAAAUUUAGCUUUGCCGCUCGGUGCGUCAUUUGGGCCUCGUAGUGCUAACCAUAUUACGCUUUGUUCUGUAAGGGAAAACAUUGGGAAUAGCUUAAGAGUAAGGGAGUAGAAUCCUUUGAUGCCAUUCUUUUUUGACCUCCAUGUUAUUCGUAUUAUUUGUUAUUUGAA